AUGGCAAUCUAUGGAGAACCGCCUGGAACGGUGCUGCUUGAGAGCGAAGCCGAAACUAUCGUGCUGCAACCGCACCCGUCGUCGGAUCCGAAUGAGCCGCUCAACUGGCCGCCGUGGCGCAAACACUUCAACUUCGUUCUGGUGUGCUUCUUUACCCUCAUAGCCUUCACCUCCGCAUGUGUGUCGUCAGUCUUCUGGGGCCCUUGGAUCGAGGAGUUUGGAUGGACCCUGGACCAGCUCAACAACACAUACGCCUUCUCGGUGGCAGGAUUGGGGCUAGGAUGCCCACUUCUGAUCCCGUUUGCCCACAAGUUUGGAAAACGGCCCGUCUACAUUGUUGCCUCGGCCCUCGUCGUGGCAUGUGCUGCCUGGCAGUCCAGAAUGCACUCCAUUGGCGAGGUUUACAGCUCGUUUCUGAUCCAGGGUCUGGCCGUUAGCAUCACCGAAACCAUCAUCCAGAUGACAGUCGCCGAUCUGUACUUUGUGCACCAGCGAGGCACCUUCAACGGCAUCUACAUGUUUGUGGUGGACGUGGGCAACUUUCUGAUUCUGGUGCCCGCGGGAUACAUCACCGUCAACCUCGGAUGGAGAUGGGUCUAUAUCAUUGUGGCUAUAAUUGCGGGCGGGCAGUUUCUCAUGACAGUAUUCUUGUUUGAGGAGACCAAGUACUUGACUAAUCCUGAACAGACGUUCAUCACCGAGGAGGACUCUUCUGAGGAGGACUCCUCUGAGGAAAACUGCGGCGCUGCUACAAAGUAUCUUCCUCAAGAGCCGAAACUGGACAACGACGUGGAGCUGCAGAUGAACCCACUGUCCAAGCGUCUGGCUCUGGUGACUUAUACUCCUGCAAGAUGCAAGGAGUUUGGACGAAAGAUGAUCAUUCCGUUUGUCACGCUGAUCUCAUAUCCCAUUGUUGCAUUUUCUGCCAUUCAGUACGGCUUCAUGCUCACGUGGCUGUCCAUGGCUGCUACCACUAGUGCCAAUUCUUUCGCGCUGCCACCAUACAAUUUCUCCUCCGCAGCUAUUGGCAACGUCAACAUUGCCCCCUUCGUCGGCAUGAUCUUCGGAUCUGUCUUUGGAGGCUGGUUCAACGACAAGACCAUCAUAUGGCUGUCCAACAGAAACAAAGGCAUAUACGAGCCGGAGUUUCGACUCUACAGUCUCGUAUUUGCCAACUUUUCGCUCACAGUGGGCGUUUUUCUGUUUGGCACAUCUCUGGCCAACCGAGUGCAUUGGAUGGUCCCCACAAUCGGCUUUGCCAUCAUUAUGUUCGGAUUCGGAUCAUCAGGAGCCAUAGUCGUGACCUACCUGCUCGACUGCUACGACAAGAUUGUUGCUGACGCCUUCAUUGGCGUGAUUGUGGUCAGAAACGGACUGGCCAUGGUCAUCAUCUUCUGUUUGGGUCCAUGGGAGGAAAGGAUGGGUCUUCAGAACGUGUACAUUAUGGCCGGCUGUUUCUCGCUCGUUCCGUUGAUUCUCACAGUUCCCAUGAUCAUCUGGGGCAAGGAGUUGAGAAGAAAAAGUGGGCCUCGCUAUCUCAAGGAGUCUCUUAGGGGUCAGUGA